ACCCUUGUAAAUUUUUAAUUAAAAGACUUUAAAUAUUAAUAUCAAUGGAAUUAUCAUGUACAGAUGAUAUAGAAAGAGUACGAGGACUCGUAGAAACACUUGUAGAACAACUUAGAGUGAAUCAAGAAGCUAUUUCUGUCUUGAAAUAUCAGGUGAAGAUUCUUAAGGAUCAAUUGAUUACUAUAGGACCAUCGGGUCGUAAUUUAAAAGAGCCUUUAAGUGAAAUCAAAGUUGAGGAAUAUGCACGAUUGAUUGAGGAGCAUCAAAAAUUAAAACAAGAAAAUGAAUCAUUAAAUAUGUUACUUGAUAUGUAUGAAAAUGGGUUAAAUGAGGUUUUAUUAAAAAUGCGGGGAUUUAUGCAAGAUACGGCAAAAAAAACGUUAGAAAUUCAUAAAAAUUAUCAAGAACAACUUUCUAAGCAAUUUCAAACACAACAGCAAUAUCAGAAAUCUUAUUUAGAUUUAAAAGCAAAUCUUUAUCAAAUUAACGAUCUGAUAAGACAAGCAUAUAUAUCGGAAUCACUUAGUGAAUCAGAGGCACUUGAAGCACUUGAAAUAGAGAAUAAAGGACUUAGGGAAAUGUUUGAAUUAAAUGAAGAAUUAGAAUAAUUAAUUUGAAAUAUUGUUUUUUAAAUCACGUGCACUAAUUAUAU